AUGUUUCGUCGCAGAAAUGUUGCAGAGAACCAGCUCCGGCUGCCAUCGUCGAGUUCCUCCCGCGCGUUCAUGGAAGGGAAGCCACCGCCGAAGCGAGACUUCCGGGAACAUUUGAAGUGGGUUACACGGAAGAUCAAGAGGUGGUUUCACAGCUUCCGCUUCACUCGCUCGCGGUCCCGUAAACAUUCUCCAUCCCCCACGGCCUUCAUCUCUGCCACUCCCAGCAUGACAAGGUCCAGGGCACCGACAACGCCGAGAACACCCGUGACGCCUCGGACAAUCUAUACCCCCAGGAUGAGCGCUGAUAGACGGCCAAUUCUCUACAGCAAUGAGAUGAGUGAUUCAGAGAUUCCAGAAUUUUACGAGUUAUCGCCCUCGAAACGACCUCGGUCUCAAGGCCUUUCCCCAUCGUUGCCAGUGUCCUAUGGGCCCCCAGUGUAUCAUGCACAGACGACGGACGUACGAGACGAAAGCCUCUAUGAAGUCAAAGGAGCACCCGAGUCACGAUGGUCACUCAAUACGAGGUCGAUUCGAAACCUAUUAAUAGGAGACUUCAGGGUCUGGAAUUUCAUCGACGAAGCCAAGACAGUCUUCCCAUUUCACGACCCUGUAGCUCAAAGAGCAAGGGCCAGGUAA